AUGGUCUUACUGCCAGUUGGCACUGAGCAGUGGUACUAUAAGAACCAGAGGAUCGGAACAGAUUUAACAUCGCAAGGCUUAAGGGCUUGCAGCAGAAAAGAUUCGUCUUCUGACAAUGUGGGGAAGAAACGAAAAAGUGCAGAAUCAGUUUUCCCUGAAAAUUUAGACAGGUACCCUUUUCUUAAGGGGGAAAUAUGUAGCUUUAAUGAGCACAAGACGGCGCGCUUGCUCCCAGCAACCUUUGCGGGACGCGGCUGUAUCGAGUAUCGAAGGGAGAGUGAACGUCCAGUGUGUGGUCAGUGUGGGAAGGUAUUUGUGUCUUUACGGAGCCUUUCCGUACAUGCCACAGAACAUAUGAAUGCUGUGGAUUACAGUGCCGGACAUAAACCACUUAACAACCGUCCAUCUCCUAAAGAACCGGCUUCCUUUGGAUCCGAGACAGCUAGUCGUGCAUAUGAUGGAGGCCAAGACCGACGCGCAACGCCAGUGGCUGUUUCUACUCACCACGUGACCAGGGAUAGCAGCAAAUCAGGUGUACCGCUAUUGGAGCGCGGGAAGGUGAAUCGCAGCCAAAAGCUGCUGACUGGGCUGAGCUUACCGUGUCCUGUUUGUGGCAAAACUUUCGUUGCCAUGAGAAAUUUGGAAUCUCAUUUAAAGAGUCAUACCAAACAGCGGCCCUACCAGUGCUUAGACUGCGGCAAAAGCUUUUCGCUCCGUAACACAUUAAUCUGUCAUACGCGUGUGCACACCAAGGAGCGGCCGUACACCUGCUCUUUGUGCUUCAAAUCCUUCACACAGGCCAGCACUCUUAAAUCGCAUGUGAUUUACAAACACACCAAGCAGUUUCCGCAUAAGUGUGACACAUGUGGUCGAGGUUUCAUCUCACCAGGUCAGAAGAUGGAGCAUGUUACACGCCUUCAUGGACCAGGGUCCAGCGUUAGCAGCAAUGAACAACAGUGA